AAAUUACACCGCCAAUUUGAAAGUCAAGGUCAAUAAUGUUGAAUACAUCGAAAGAAAGCCAGGCUCAGGCUGCACUUGAAUCUCAUCUUAAUAAGCUUGAUGAAGUUGAAAGAAAAAUAUCACUCAUCAUGCAGCAUGCAGGCAAUGCUCUUGAGAAGCUUUCUAAAAUCAAACCAGUGGUAAAACAGGUUGAGAACUACACACAACUUUCGGACCAUUGUAAAGGAUGUGGAGACAGAGAUGAACGCGAAUAUUAGCUAUCUGUCUCAGAUAUCUGCCGGAUUGCCCUACGAAGGAUCUACUUACGAAGAUACCACUAGUUUUCGCCGCUCAAUUAAUCGAUUGGUUUCUGCAAAACGCCACUUAGGUUCUUGUUUGUAAAGUUUCCAAAAUAUAACUAUUUUUCCAGUUGCUUUUGUUUUUGUUCAUAGCAUUUACCUGCCAAUAAACUUCGUCUGUUUUUUUUCAGGUGUUCUAGGCUUUUAAAGAUGGAAUCAGAAGCCUCAUAACGCUGUGAAUGAAAACAUAGAAACUAGUUCUAACAUUGAUGAAACGUCAAGAAGAGGUAGUAAAUGUGAUGACAAUAUGCCUGUUCAUUCCGCCUUCUCUGAGUUCGAAAUUCCUGAAAUGGAGUUCGAUGAAUUCGAGUUGGAAUUAGCCGCUCAAAAAGAGUUUUCAUCUGAUGAACAGUUAUUCGAUUCGGGUCGUAUGACUCCAGAUGGACUGAUUGAUGAAGACUUUGAACGGGAACUUGGGUGUGCAGCAAAGGAGCUCAGUGUUCAAGACGUCAUUGAUUCUGACUAUCCGGAUAUUUCUCGUCUGGGUGUAUUACAAGGCGCUGGUGAUGAUAAACUCGGUCGUAAAGUGAUUGUCUUCUCUGCAUGUCGUCUACCAGCUUCCGACUUAAUAGAUCAUCAGCGUUUACUUAUGUAUAUUACUAAAACACUGGAACAAUAUGUCAGCAUUGAUUACUGUCUGAUCUACUUUCACUUUGGUCUUUCUAACAAAAAUCGACCAAAAUUUAAAUGGCUUGUUCAAGCGUACAGAACAUUUGGACGGAACUUUCGAAAAAAUUUAAAAGCCCUCUACAUAGUGCAUCCCACUACUGGUGUAAAAAUCCUAUGGACACUGUUCAAACCAUUCAUCAGUUCCAAAAUGUCGCACAAAGUAAUCUACGUUGAACAGUUGUCAGGAUUAGAAGAAACCUUAUUCGUCGACCAGUUGCCAAUACCACAGCGAGUUUUAAAUUAUGAUAGAACGAUCGCUAAGUCCAUACCAGUGAAGCCUAUUCAACCAGUUCAGAAAGAUUCAGUUUCUCGACCGUCUGUACCAUUUAUACCGCACAUACCAGACGCGGCUUCAGUAUUCUCAGGAGUAUACGAAGAACAGUGUAAAGAUGUCACACCAGAUCCUCAACAACAGUUCAAUGUCAGUUUACAAUUCAUUAAAAUGAAUAAUGGAGGUCGUCCUAUCCCCAUAGUCCUUGAAGAUGCCAUCGAUUAUAUUCGAGAUCGUGGUUUGACGACAGAGGGGAUAUUCCGUCGUUCUGUCAGUUUGAAACGUUUACGAGAAGUACAGAAUUUAUAUAAUAAUGGUGAAACUGUAGAUCUUCGUGAUUACGAUGAUCCUCAUUUGGCAGCUGUUCUACUGAAAUCAUUUCUACGUGAACUUACUGAACCACUUUUAACCUUUGAACUUUACGAUGAAAUAUUGGGUACAGGGGGUUUAGGUGCAAGAGAGAAAGUUGCCUUGGCUAAAGAAUUGAUCCUAAUGAAAUUACCUGACGACAAUUAUGAAAUAUUAAACUUCCUUAUCCGAUUUUUAACUGAGGUGAGUAUGUACUCUCAACAGAAUAAAAUGAAUGCAGCCAAUCUAGCUGUUGUCUUCGGUCCUAGUUUAAUAUGGUCAAGGAAUCAAGCAUCACUGACGGCAAUGGGUGUGAUAAAUGCCUUCACACAGAUUUUAAUUACGCAUUAUGAAUAUAUUUUUAUUAAAUAG